GCGCUGUGGAGGCGGCGGCCAUCUUGGCGGCGGCGCGAUGAACGGGCCGAACCCGAAGGCCGUGGCCGCGGGCUCGGCGGCCGGGCCCCGGGGGCUGGCGGCUGGCAAGGAGGAGAAGAAGAAGGCGGGCGGCGGCGUCCUGAACCGGCUCAAGGGGCGGCGGCAGGCGCCCCCCGUCGCGGCCGACGACGGCGUCGGGGCGGCCGUCACGGAGCAGGAGCUGCUGACUCUGGACGCCAUCCGGCCCGAGCACGUCCUGCGCCUCGGCCGGGUCACCGAGAAUUAUUUAUGUAAACCUGAAGACAAUAUCUACAGUAUUGAUUUUACCCGCUUCAAAAUUCGAGAUUUGGAGACCGGGACAGUGCUUUUUGAGAUCGCCAAACCUUGUGCUUCAGACCAAGAGGAGGAGGAGGAGGAAGGUGGAGAAGUGGAUGUCAGUGCUGGACGCUUUGUUCGCUAUCAGUUCACACCAGCAUUUCUCCGCCUCCGGACCGUUGGGGCCACGGUGGAGUUCACAGUGGGAGACCGGCCAGUGUCAAACUUCCGAAUGAUUGAGCGACACUAUUUCCGGGAGCACUUGCUGAAAAAUUUUGACUUUGAUUUUGGCUUCUGCAUCCCCAGCAGUAGGAACACUUGUGAACAUAUCUAUGAGUUUCCCCAGCUUUCCGAGGAUGUCAUCCGCCUGAUGAUCGAAAAUCCGUAUGAAACCCGUUCUGACAGCUUCUACUUUGUGGACAACAAGCUGAUAAUGCACAACAAGGCUGAUUAUGCCUACAAUGGAGGCCAGUAGUCGCGCAGGAGUGGACCGGGCAGUGCUCUGCUGUGGCCCAUGGGCCUGGCACACGGAGGCGAUUGGAGCGGCUCUUGGUCAAUACACAUGUGGAACCUGGCGCCAGGGAGCCAAGGCUGGGUGGCAGUUUCCUGUGUGCCGAGAGAGGUGCCAAGCCACGCUGUGUUUUCUUCCCCAGCAUUUCUUCCUCCCUCUCCCCCGCCCCGCCCCCUGCCCCCGCCCCCGCCC